UACCUGCAGUCUGCACCUCUUUACUACCUACGCUAUCCUCGCCGAGCAACCCAAGCUUUCUUUUUCCUGAUCCGCCCUCGAUAGUGUCCUGUGAUACGUGCCCUCAGACGCCUCCAAGCGCCUUCGCUAUACGCCUUGCUUCCGACCGAAUACCACGUCAGAAAGACUGCGUCAUUGAGGCUGCAGUGCGACCCAUCGAGCAACCAUCCUUUCCACAAGCAAUUCUCUGCGGAGAGCCGUCUUCCACAUCCAUAUAUCUAUAUAACCUGCUCUUCAUCUAGACAUCUCACCCUUUUCUUUACAUCCAAAGCGAGAAGAGAGCCCGGAAGAUUAGCACCAUGUGUCGCUGGUUCGCCUACAUCUCUCCUACGGAGCCCUGUCUCCUUUCCGACGUCCUCAUCACGCCCGACAACAGCAUCAGCAAGCAGUGCUCCGAGCACUAUCUCCCCAAGCUCCUCCCUCAUGACGAGGACAAGGAUCUCGACGACGCUUCGGAUGAGCUCAUACGUAUGCGAAACUCACUCUUGAACAUGGACGGCUUAGGCAUCGCCUGGUACACUGAUGCUACCGCCUCGUACGUCAAGCAUGUAGACGGCCCGCGCGCAGCCCUCUACAAGUCGCAGUCCCCACCUAUCAACGACUUCAACUUCAAAUCCCUCUGUUACAACACCGAGUCCAACUGUGUCUUUGCCCACAUCCGCGCCACCAGCGGCAGUGUCGUGACACAAGUAAACUCGCACCCUUUUGUCUUUGGCCGCCACGUCUUCAUGCACAACGGUGUCAUUUCCAACUUUUCAAACAUCCGCCGCGACAUGACAGACGACCUUUCCUUUGACUCGUACUGCAACAUUCUCGGCAGCACCGACUCUGAACACGCCGCUGCACUAUACAUGACGUUCCUGACAGGAGGCGGGGGCAAGGAGAGCUGGGAGAAGUCGUAUCCUUUAAAGGACAUGCUAGCAGCCAUGCAAAAGACGGUGAUUCGCAUUCUCGAGCUCCAGCACGCCAAGCUCGGCGACGCAAACACACCCAAUUCCCUCAACUUCUGCACCACCGACGGCCGCAGACUGCUCGCCAUCCGCUUCCGCAACCACGCCACACAGCAGCCCCCCAGCCUCUACUGGUCCGAAUUCGCCGGCCGCACCCUCAACACAAAGUACCCGGGCAACCCGGACAGCAAGGAAGCCGUAAACGAAGAGGCCACGCUUGAAGCAGAGAGAAUGGGUAAACACACCAUCAUCGCUAGUGAACCCACCACGUUCGACGAAAACGAAUGGCACCUCAUCAAUGCAAACUGUGCCUUGAUGGUGGAUGAAGACGGCAUUGAGCAUGAAGUUAAAAUCGAGUACGACCAGAAACUCAACGCCAAGGAUCCAAAGUAUGAUGCUGCCAAGUUGUAA